AUGGAAAAACGAAAAAUAGCUUAUUUAAAAUUAGACGAAAGAUUUAAUUUUUUAACUGACGAAAGUUUAAAAGAUGAAGAAAUAAAAAUAAAUGCAAAUAAUUUAGUUGAAGCCUGUAAAACCGAUUUGGAAUCUUCAUUUGUUAAUGAGUUUUUGAUUUUUAAGAGCUUUCGAGAAACUGGAAUGUCUGUGAAUGAAAUGCUAAUUAAACAAAUAAAUACCAAAAUGGUAACCAGUUUUCCAAAUGUAAAUAUUGCUUUUAGAAUUUAUUUAUCAAUUUUUGGGACUUCGUGCGAAAGUGAAAGAUCAUUUUCAAUUUUAAAGAGGGUUAAGAACUGGCAGCGGUCAACUAUUGGGCAAGAUAAAUAA